AAUUAAACAAACUGUUUCGGCGCGUUGUGCCUGUAAUUUGUGCAGCUCGAUUCUUGCGUGUUCUUUGUCAGCCAAAUAAUCGCUGGUGUCGUCGUUAACAUUCUUUUUAUGUAUAUUUGUAAUCCCGUACUUGUUGUGUUUUUAUUUAAUCUAACCUCGUAAUUGAAAGAGAGAAAGCAAAAACAGAGCAAAACAUAGAAAAGAAAUUGAAGUGGUCGUAUCAAACUAGGAAUCCCAAGCAAAGAAAAUGGCCGCAAAACCCGAAGAAAAGAGCACAGAUAUUCCCGAUCGUCUGUUUGACGCCAAUCAUCGCAAGACCUACAAACGUAUGCGCUUUUUUGGCAAGGGUGGCUUUGCCAAAUGCUACGAGAUAAUCGAUGUGGAUACAGACGAUGUCUUCGCCGGUAAAAUCGUGUCCAAGAAGCUGAUGAUAAAACACAACCAAAAAGAGAAGACUGCCCAGGAGAUAACUAUUCAUCGCAGCCUAAAUCAUCCAAACAUUGUCAAGUUCCACAGCUACUUUGAGGAUGUGCAGAAUAUUUACAUUGUGCUAGAGCUGUGUAAGAAACGCUCGAUGAUGGAGUUGCACAAGCGUCGGAAAAGUAUUACAGAGUUCGAGACCCGCUAUUACAUAUACCAGAUAAUACAGGGUGUGAAGUAUCUGCAUGACCAUCGCAUCAUUCAUCGAGAUCUUAAGUUGGGCAACCUGUUUCUUAACGACAUGUUGCACGUGAAAAUCGGUGACUUUGGCCUGGCAACGCGUAUCGAAUACGACGGUGAACGCAAAAAGACGCUGUGCGGCACUCCCAACUAUAUAGCACCUGAGAUUCUGACCAAGAAGGGUCACUCGUUUGAGGUCGACAUUUGGUCGAUUGGCUGCGUCAUGUAUACGCUGUUGGUGGGUCAGCCGCCGUUUGAGACGAAAACGCUGAAGGACACUUACUCGAAAAUCAAAAAAUGCGAGUACCGAGUGCCAAGCUACUUAAGAAAGCCGGCUGCGGAUAUGGUCAUUGCCAUGCUGCAACCGAACCCGGAGAGUCGGCCAACAAUUGGACAGCUGCUGAAUUUUGAGUUCCUCAAGGCGUCACAGGUGCCUAUGUUCUUGCCUAGUUCUUGCCUAACGAUGGCGCCGCGCAUCGGCAUCAACGAUACCAUCGAGGAUCCCAAUCAACGCAAGCCGUUGACGGAAAUCAACGGUCUGAGGGAUGAUACCCGUUUGGAGUCUACCUUCCUGAAGAAUAAUUUGCAUGAUGCCAUUACGGCGUCGGCACAAAUGUGUCGCCACAACGAGGACUAUCGUAGCGACAUUGAAAGUCUGCAUCAGCAGCUGACCACUCUUAUCAAUAAUAAGCCUCGCUUAUUGCAAGGCAAUCUGGGUGACGAGAAUACCGAUCCAGCUGCCCAGCCGCUCUUCUGGAUAUCGAAGUGGGUCGACUACAGUGAUAAAUACGGCUUUGGCUAUCAGCUGUGUGAUGAGGGCAUAGGAGUUAUGUUCAAUGACACCACAAAGCUAAUACUACUGCCCAAUCAAAUCAAUGUGCAUUUCAUCGAUAAGGAGGGCAAAGAGACUUACAUGACUACGACGGACUACUGCAAAACUCUCGAUAAGAAGAUGAAGCUACUGUCUUACUUUAAGCGCUAUAUGACUGAGCAUCUGGUCAAGGCAGGAGCCAACAAUGUCACCGUCGAAAGCGAUCAGAUUUCGCGUAUGCCUCAUCUGCACUCUUGGUUUCGCACAACUUGUGCGGUUGUCAUGCACUUGACCAACGGUUCGGUUCAGCUUAACUUUUCGGAUCAUAUGAAGAUAAUUUUAUGUCCUCGCAUGAGCGCCAUUACCUACAUGGAUCACGAGAAAAACUUUCGAACAUAUCGAUUUUCGACUAUUGCUCAAAGUGGUGUCUCCAAGGAUCUAUAUCAGAAGAUACGCUAUGCUCAUGAGAAACUUAGAAAAAUGCUCGAAAAGAUGUUUGUUUGAGCAGCACAGUUAGAGCAGUAGUAAGAUGUCCACAGCAGCCGGCUGACUUUGUUCUCCUUGCGCUUGGUAUACUUUAACCGUCGAGCCAAUGACGGAGCCCAGGGUACUUUUUUCUAUACAAAUUUAUCUCUUUUCUCGAAUUUCAAAUUUUAGUUGCUGUUUAAAUUAACUCGAUUUUUAA